AUGGACGAGUUAGCAAGUGCUGAACGUAAUCAAUCUCACAAUUUUAUCGCAGGCAUCUGUAAUCUAGGAAAACUACAAAAAGAAACUGCAUCAAUGUCAUCUGUAUAUUCGUAUGACGAUAUUGCUUUGAUUGCUGCGAAGGCAUUAAAUGGGAAGUUCCGUGACCAUAGAAAUGGUGAUUGUGCUGGUACAAAUGUGGUAGAACGUUAUGACCAUGCAUGGUGGAAUAUAAUGCUGCCACCUAUGAGUAUAAUUCACAAAAUAAACAUCAUUUUCAGAGAAAACUACACUCGACAUUAUGGUUACUACGUAUACCUCAAUAAGGAACCUGUUGAUAUCAGUGGUCUUGCCAGUCUACCUGCCGUGUAUCGUGGACAAACGGAACACCCCAGUACACAGAACGUCAUCCUCUUCCCGGAAGGACACCAAGGGGAGCAGAUGUACAUUUAUCUAAACAAAUCUAAACCUGAAGAUACCGACGGUGAUGAAGAUAACAACGUCCUUGAUGUCUGUGAAGUAGAAAUACUAGGUACACAAUCUUUUUUUGAAAUCCCUCUCUUUAUCUCAUUAUCAGUAUUAAAAACUAGAGGCACUGUGAGCAAUGAGCUCACUAAAUGA